GUUUCACUGUGGUAUGAUUCAUCAGAAGUAGAUUGUGACGUCAACUGGGAGUUUUUGCUGAAGCUGCAUGUGUCUGCUUUCUCAGGAAUUUGGAUAGCUGCUGCUUCUUUGAAGAGAGAUUACCUGUGUCCUUCUUCAAAUGCCUGUGGUAUUUUCAAGAGGAACCAUUUUUCGGCUUAAGAGAAGCAUAAGCGAUUCAAUUACAACUCUGACAUUUUGGACCACGAGUGAUGUUAAAACUAUUUGAAUGUAUUGGAGCAUGGCUACUUCUUAAAAUGCAGAAAUUAAAGGAAAUUACUGCUUAUCAAAACCUACUAAAUAUCUGAAUUUUCUAGACAUCCUGUAUUUAACUGUGUCCUUAAAUGUCCAUGAUUAAGAUCUCAUGCAACCAUUGUAUAUUUUGGAGACUAUUCUCCAGAAGAGAACUGUGCAUUUAAAAAGCAGAAAUGACUGUGUUUUUUCUUGGAACUUACUAAGGUUGAACAUACUGAAAGACCAUGACCAGCUUGAAGCGGUCCCAGACCGAAAGGGCUGUUGCCACUGGGGUAUCAGUUGGGACAGAUGGCACCUCAAAAGUCCACUCGGAUGACUUCUACAUGAGACGCUUUAGGUCACAGAAUGGCAGUUUAGGAUCUGCAGUCAUGGCACCAGUUGGACCUCCUCGCAAUGAGAGCUCCCACCAUGUUACCUCUACCCCUGGAGUCCCUAAAAUGGGGGUCAGGGCAAGGAUUGCUGAUUGGCCCCCAAGAAAGGAGAACAUCAAGGAGACAACCAGAUCUAGUCAAGAUAUUGAAACAUCAAGUUGCCUUGACAGCAUGUCUUCUAAAAGCAGUCCUGGGAGUCAGGGAAGCUCUGUUAACCUGAAUGCUGGUGAUUCUGUCAUGUUAAAGAGCAUCCAGAGCACACUUAAAAACAAGACCAGACAAUCUGAGAAUCUAGACUCCAGGUUUCUUACACCCGAUGGCUAUCCCAGUUCCCCAAGGAAAGCUCUUCGCAGAAUACGACAGCGCAGCAACAGCGACAUCACCAUAAGUGAGCUUGAUGUGGAUAGUUUUGAUGAAUGUAUUUCACCCACUUUUAAAUCUGGACCAUCUCUGCACAGAGAGUAUGGCAGCACAUCUUCCAUAGAUAAGCAGGGAACUUCAGGGGAAAGUUUUUUUGACUUAUUGAAGGGCUAUAAAGAUGAUAAGUCUGACCAGAGAAGCUCAGGCUCAACUAAACUUGGUGAGCUUCUGAUUGCCAGUGGAAGCAAGGGUUCAGGAUUCUCUCUAGAUGUGAUAGAUGGACCUAUUACUCAAAGGGAAAACCUAAGACUCUUUAAGGAAAGGGAGAAGCCACUCAAGAGACGCUCAAAAUCAGAGACAGGAGAUUCAUCUAUUUUUCGUAAGCUGCGCAAUGCCAAAGGUGAAGGGGAACUUGGGAAGUCUUCAGAUCUGGAAGAUAACAGGUCAGAAGACAGCAUUAAGCCUUGGACUUGUCCGAAGUGUUUUGCUCAUUAUGAUGUACAGAGUAUUUUAUUUGAUUUAAAUGAAGCAGCAAUCAACAGGCAUAAUGUUAUUAAAAGAAGGAACACAACGACAGGUGCAUCUGCUGCUGCUGUAGCAUCACUUGUCUCUGGACCCUUGUCCCAUUCUGCAAGUUUCAAUUCUCCAAUGGGCAGCACUGAAGACCUGAAUUCAAAAGGAAGUCUCAAUAUGGACCAGGGGGAUGAUAAAAGCAAUGAACUAGUGAUGAGUUGUCCUUAUUUUCGUAAUGAGAUUGGUGGGGAAGGGGAAAGGAAGAUCAGCCUUUCCAAAUCUAAUUCAGGUUCCUUCAGUGGGUGUGAAAGUGCCUCAUUUGAGUCGACUCUGAGUUCUCAUUGCACAAAUGCUGGAGUUGCAGUUCUGGAAGUUCCCAAGGAGAAUCUGAUUUUACAUCUGGACAGAGUGAAAAGAUACAUCGUUGAACAUGUAGACCUUGGUGCAUAUUAUUAUAGAAAAUUCUUCUACCAGAAAGAACACUGGAACUAUUUUGGGGCAGAUGAGAAUCUGGGUCCAGUAGCUGUGAGUAUAAGAAGAGAGAAGCCAGAGGAAAUCAAAGAAAAUGGACCUCAGUACAACUACCGGAUCAUAUUCAGAACCAGUGAGCUCAUGACAUUAAGAGGCUCCGUGCUGGAAGAUGCUAUCCCUUCUACUGCAAAGCAUUGCACAGCCAGGGGACUUCCCCUAAAAGAAGUGCUGGAGUAUGUGGUUCCUGAGCUGAAUAUCCAUUGCCUAAGGCUGGCCUUCAACACUCCGAAAGUCACAGAACAACUUAUGAAGCUUGAUGAGCAAGGGUUAAGUUACCAACUUAAAGUGGGUAUCAUGUACUGCAAAGCUGGGCAAAGCACAGAAGAGGAAAUGUAUAAUAACGAAUCAGCAGGUCCAGCCUUUGAGGAGUUUCUUCAGCUCUUGGGAGAGCGUGUUCGACUCAAGGGAUUUGAUAAGUACCGUGCUCAACUGGAUACAAAAACUGAUUCAACAGGCACUCACUCUCUGUACACAACAUACAAGGACUAUGAAAUCAUGUUCCAUGUUUCUACUAUGUUGCCAUAUACUCCAAACAACAAGCAACAGCUUCUGAGAAAACGACAUAUUGGCAAUGAUAUUGUGACAAUAGUUUUCCAGGAGCCUGGAGCACAACCAUUCAGCCCAAAGAACAUUCGAUCCCACUUCCAGCACGUCUUUGUCAUUGUGAGAGUGCACGGUCCCUGCACUGAGAGCGUUUGUUACAGUGUUGCUGUGACAAGAUCCAGAGAUGUACCAUCCUUUGGCCCACCUAUUCCAAAAGGUGUGACGUUUCCUAAAUCAAAUGUGUUCAGGGACUUCUUGCUAGCCAAAGUCAUUAAUGCAGAGAAUGCUGCUCAUAAAUCAGAAAAGUUCCGUGCGAUGGCCACCAGGACCCGGCAAGAGUACUUGAAAGACUUGGCAGAGAAGAAUGUCACCAACACACCCAUUGACCCUUCCGGCAAGUUCCCCUUCAUCUCGCUUGCUUCAAAAAAGAAGGAAAAGUCCAAGCCUUAUCCAGGAGCAGAGAUCUAUAGUUCUGGUGCUAUUGUCUGGAGUGUCCAUGCAAAAGACUACAGCAAGGGUAUGGAAAUAGACUGUCUCCUAGGCAUCUCUAAUGAGUUUGUAGUCCUCAUUGAACAGGACACAAAAAGCGUGGUGUUCAAUUGCUCCUGUCGAGAUGUGAUAGGGUGGACUUCAACGGACACAAACAUCAAAAUAUUCUAUGAGAGAGGUGAAUGUGUUUCUUUGGAGAGCUUCAUCAGCAACAUUGAUGACAUCAAAGAGAUCGUCAAAAGGCUGGAGCUUGUGACCAAGGGCUGUGAAACAGUGGAGAUGACUCUUCGCAGGAAUGGCCUGGGCCAGCUGGGCUUCCACGUGAACUACGAGGGCAUUGUGGCAGACGUGGAGCCCUACGGCUACGCGUGGCAGGCGGGGCUGCGCCAGGGCAGCCGCCUGGUGGAGAUCUGCAAGGUGGCUGUGGCCACCCUGAGCCACGAGCAAAUGAUUGAUCUGCUCAGGACAUCGGUUACAGUCAAGGUCGUCAUUGUCCCUCCCUAUGAGGACUGCACACCACGCAGGAGUUCUUCAGAAAACUACCGUAUGCCGGUGAUGGAGUACAAAGUGAAUGAAGGAAUGUCAUAUGAAUUCAAAUUUCCCUUCAGAAAUAAUAACAAAUGGCAGCGAAACACGAGCAAAGGACAGGGACCUCAUGUGGCUCAGGUACCAUCUCAAAUCCAAAGUCCAGUACCAUCUAGGAUCAGCUCUGGAAAAGGAGAAGGAAAAAUGCCACCCCCAGAACGAGCCAACAUUCCCCGAAGCAUCUCUAGUGAUGGGCGCCCGUUGGAGAGCCGGAGGCUGUCCCCUGGCUCCGAUGUCUACGUCACCGUUUCCUCCAUCGCCUUAGCAAGAUCGCAGCAGUGCCGUAACUCUCCAAGCAACUUAUCCUCCUCCAGUGACACUGGCUCUACUGGAGGCACAUACAGACAAAAAUCUAUGCCAGAAGGGUUUGGAAUUAGCCGUAGAUCCCCCGCUUCCAUUGACAGGCAGAACACGCAGUCGGACACGGGCGGCAGCGGCAAAUCCACGCCCAGCUGGCAGAGGAGCGAGGACAGCAUCGCUGACCAGAUGGAGCCAACGUGCCAUCUCCCAGCAGUCUCAAAAGUAUUGCCAUCCUUCCGAGAGAGCCCCAGUGGAAGACUGAUGAGACAGGAUCCCGUGGUACACUUAUCUCCAAAUAAGCAGGGUCAUUCUGACAGCCACUACUCCAGCCAUUCCAGCAGCAAUACCCUCUCCAGCAAUGCCUCCAGUGCUCACAGCGAUGAGAAAUGGUAUGACAGUGGAGAGCGCACGGAAUCGGAGCUGAACAGCUACAACUACCUUCAAGGGACAUCAGCUGACAGCGGCAUAGACACCACUUCCUACGGCCCCAGCCACGGCAGCACCGCCUCCCUGGGCGCCGCCACAUCGCCCCGGACAGGGCUGGCCAAGGAGAAGGUGGCGCCACUGUGGCACAGCUCCAGCGAAGUGGUCUCCAUUGCAGACAGGACAUUAGAAAAGGACAGCCACAUGGACCGGAAAGCUGAAUCUUCCCUCAGCCUGGAUAUUCACAGCAAGAGUCAGCCAGCCUCCAACCCUCUCACAAGGGAGAACAGUGCUUACAGUUUAAGUGAUGCUGUCUCACAUACAAGCACCAUGAGCUCACGACACUCUGCCAGCCCUGUUGUUUUCACCAGUGCCAGAAGCUCACCUAAAGAAGAGCUUCAUUCUGCUACUUCUCCCCAACUCGCACCUUCCUUCUCCUCCUCCUCUUCCUCCUCGUCUGGUCCUAGGACUUUCUACCCUCGCCAGGGUGCUACUAGCAAGUAUCUGAUUGGAUGGAAAAAGCCAGAAGGGACAAUAAACUCAGUGGGGUUUAUGGAUUCAAGAAAACGUCACCAGAGUGAUGGCAAUGAAAUGGCCCACCCUCGGCUGCGGGCGUCCGCAAGAGACCUGCGGGCAUCCCCGAAACGAGCGUCCAAGUCCACUGUCGAAGAAGAGCUGAAGAAAUUGAUAGAUCUUGAUAGCCCAACACCUGAAUCCCAGAAGAAUUUUAAGGUAUGUCAAAAGGAUAGGGCCUCGCUCUUGGACCAAGCCAUGCCAAAUGAUGUUCUGUUCACCAGCACCUACCCUUCUCUCCCAAAGUCGCUGCCGUUACGGAGACCAUCCUAUACUUUGGGAAUGAAAUCACUACAUGGAGAGUUUUCUGCCUCAGACAGCUCCCUCACAGAUAUCCAGGAGCAAAGACGGCAGCCCAUGCCAGACCCUGGUCUUAUGCCAUUGCCUGAUUCUGCCUCUGAUCUGGACUGGUCAAACUUGGUAGAUGCUGCCAAAGCUUUUGAAGUUCAGCGAGCUUCAUUCUUUGCUGCUGCUGAUGAAAAUCACAGACCUGUGAGCGCUGCUUCCAGCAGUGAUCAGGCUGAGGACCAGCUUACUGCACAGAUAAAGCCUUAUACAGGUAAAGAAUCUCCUCCAACUCUCGCCUCUAAAGUGGACCAACUGGAAGGUUUGCUGAAGAUGCUGCAGGAAGAUUUAAGGAAGGAAAAAGAGGACAAGGCCAGCCUUCAGGCUGAAGUGCAACAUUUGCGGGAAGACAACUUGAGGUUACAGGAGGAAUCUCAGAAUGCAACUGAAAAGCUGAAGAAAUUCACCGAGUGGGUUUUCAACACGAUUGAUAUGAACUGAGAACGGUGUAUGAGGAAGGAAACUAUCUGUUAUGAAUAUUAUUACUGGGACUUAAGCUUUAAUGCCACCUUAAUUAUGACAUGUGAAAGUAUAGUCAGAGCAAUUCCCUGUUCUUCAUCCUCCAAUAACCCUUUUUUGCAUCUCUGCGCGCACUCAGAACAAUUGCAGAUCAACAAUCAAUGUCUGCCUUUUGUAGAAAAAACAAAGUAAAUAAUUUUAAAAGGUAAAAUAAAAUAAAAAAAUAAAAGUUUAACUGCUAAAAUGUGAAUGUCUAUUUUUUGCACAUUGUCUCUUUAUCUGUUAUGUACAAAAUGAUUUGGAGGCCAGGAUCAGGCUUGCUGUUCCAUCUGCCUCUGUUUCCAUUAACUCCUUUCUCUGUUUCAGGUAAUCUGCUUUUCCUUGCAGCUUUGGCGAAUAUUAUGACAUCUAGAAAAUUAGAAAGAAAUGUUUACUUUACUGCUCUUCUAACAUUGUUUUCUGAAGUAUGCCACAGACAAGGGGAUGUAAUGCAAUGUUUUAGGUGUCUCCUUAGCAAUUUGCGCUUGGUAACUAGUGCUACCUUCCCAUACAUUGCAGAGAGCGCGCGUCCAUAGUGUAUGGUACAGUACAACCAGCAUCACAGCUUAGAGAGAGAGACUAGAGAGGUGAGCCAUGGGUGAGGCAUAUUAUCACACAUCUAUUGCAUUAGCAUUUCUGGUGGCCUUUGUUUCCUGUGGAAACAAUGGCUGCAAGUACCUUUACAAACAGCAAAACUAGGCAUGCUGCGGUUCAUACCACAUCAGGCAGGCUGAGACAGAAGUGAUCCAGUAACAGUGCUCAGUUAAGUACAGCCCCCUUCCCUUCCAGGGGAGUCUGUUGCUUGCAUACGUGCAGGAGACUUAAGCUGAAGUUGUAAAGAGAUUAAGCUUUCUUUUCCCCCCCUGAAAUGUCACCAUGAAAAGCCACACAAACCAUCACUGUGUACCUGCCCUCCCAUUCUGUUUCCCUGGUUUUCUCAAAUCUUGACAGAUUUGAGAAAAGUUUAUUCAAGUUGUGUUUUAUUGCAUGAGAGAUCUUACAGAUCCUUUAUUAUGGAAGAUAGAGGAAUAUGUAAAGGGAAAUUAGAGAAGUGUAUUUUUCAAAGCACCGGGACAGGAUUUGAGCUCUGAAAUCCCUAGUCCCCAGUGAAAUUGUCUCGCAGGAGAUUUCCCAAACUGCUUCAUGCCAGCAAAGUUGAUUUCUUGCUCUUUGAAGGAACAGCUAACUUGCCACAACGUGUUACCUCUAAAGAAAAUACCUUUUAGGUGUCAAAAUACAGCUUUUAAGCACUGCAGUCUGCACAGGCAUUGAACUGUGCAGUGUGCUGAGAAACCUUUUCUACUCCCUUCUGAGGGUAUAGUUACUACCUUAGUAAAUAUUGCCUUCCAUAAAGUGCAGUGUAUUUGGGGGUUAAUUUCGAGAGCAUCCUCUCAUUCCCCCUUUAUCACAUUCUCAAAUACACAGAUUAAAAUCACUGGCACAGUCUUGUCACAGACUUCCAAGCUCUCUUCAAAUCCCUUUUUCACGCUCUUUAAUCUUGCUGCACACAAGUACACACUACACUUCAACCUCAAACUUCAUUUGUGAUGCUAAUCCCCAUGGAGUUCUUCUCUAAUGUUUUGUCAUGGAAAUGGAUCUCUUUGGAACUAUUUCUGGAGUGCUUUUGUAAAGGUUUAGAAUGUCUUGGGUUUUUUAAUGACUUGUAUGAAGGAGAUUUAUAUAAUGCCUGAUAUUAUUUGUAAAUGGGAAAUAUUGCUAACAUCUCUGAGCAUCCUGAAGUCUUGCUUUUAUUCUCUUUUAUUUUUAAGUUUGGUUUUAUUUUAUUUCAAAAAAUAUUUUGGGACUUGGGGCAGACUAUUUAUUAGAGUUUUGCAACAGAGUUCUUCUUGUAUGAUGCCACUGAAGGCUACUUGUAAAAUUCUGACAAUAAAACUCAUUUUAAAGGUUCUUCUAAA